AUGAAUCUGGAAAAGGGCCCUGCUGCUGACCCUCUAAAGAUUACCACAAACGAAGUUAACCUGCCUACUUCAUUAAACAAGCAAGUUAAUGCAGAUGAAUCUACUGUCUGUUACCAACAAGAGUUUGAUGGAAAUAGUUUGGAUCUGCCAUCUAUUCCGACCUAUCAUGAAGCCACCAAUCUUCGUCGUGUUCUUGGAAAGCAUCCCACCAGUGCUUACUUAAUCUGCCUUGUAGAAUUGGCUGAAAGAGGCUCCUACUACGGAAUCUCUGGCAUCUUGGCCAAUUUCAUUCAGAGACCUUUGCCACCUGGAAGUACUACUGGUGCUCCGGUGUCUAAGACGAGCUCUGAGAAUGCUGGUGCUUUGGGACUCGGCAUCUCCACCUCCUCAGCUCUAACAUUGUUAUUGACUUUCUUGGUGUACGUAAUGCCUUUGUAUGGUGGAUAUCUUGCUGACACCAAGUUUGGCAAGUUUAAAGCUGUAUCUUAUGGUGCCAUUGCUGGCUUUUUUGCCCAUAUUUUUUUCCUUAUUGCUGCUAUUCCAUCUGUUAUAGCAAGUGGUAAGGCUUUAGGUCCCACAAUUGUCGGAAUCAUUACUUUGGCCCUCAGUACUGGUUUCAUCAGACCAAAUCUUUUGCCUUUACUUAUGGACCAGUAUAAGCACAAGCACGACUAUGUCAAGUUUUUACCUUCCGGGGAGAAGGUGAUUGUGGACCGUCAGAAGACCUUAGAACGAGUUUCUUUAAUUUACUACUGGAUAAUCAACGUUGGAGCAUUUUUUCUAGUCGCUACUUCGUAUUGUGAGAGGCGAGUGGGUUUUUGGUUGGCUUUUUUGGUUCCCACCAUCAUGUACUUGAUUGUACCCUUUGCUUUGUUUUAUCUGAAUUCAAGACUCGUGAAGGAAAUUCCUGAUAACUCAGCUCUCACAAUUACCUGGAGAGUUUUACGUGUCACUUUCAGUAGUAACUGGUUCCGCAGGUAUAGAGAAGGGACAUUGUGGGAGUAUGCCAAACCUUCAAACAUAGCUACUCGAGAAGAGUCAUUAAUUCAACUGAAACAAACAAAUAUCACUUGGAACGAUCAAUGGGUAAUCGACAUCCAGAAAACCAUCGAAUCUUGCAAAAUAUUCAUGUACUUUCCAAUGUUCAAUUUAACAGAUGGAGGUAUUGGUAACUCCCAGAAUGCUCAGGCUGGAGCUAUGAUCACUAAGGGCAUCCCAAAUGACUUAUAUGGUAACUUCAAUGCUUUGACCAUCAUUGUAUUGAUUCCAAUUUUGGAUAGUCUUGUUUAUCCGUUUUUGCGUAAGCAUCAGAUUCCUUUCCAUCCAGUGUGGAGAAUCACUUUUGGAUUCUUUUUGAGUGCCACCUCUCAAGUCAUAGCUGCCAUACUUCAACACUACAUUUACAAGACAUCACCAUGCGGAAAUUUGGCCAGUACUUGUGAAUUACCUUCUAGAGUAAACGGUUGGUGGGAGGUAGUGUUAUACUUCUUGACUGGAGCUGGAGAAUGCUUUGCAAAUACAACUGCUUAUGAAUUGGCUUACAUCAGAUCUCCCCCACAAAUGAAGGGUGUGGUGAUUGCAUUGUUCCUCCUCACAUUUGCCAUUGCUGCAGCCAUUAGUCAGGCAUUAACGAUGGUUUUGAUCGACCCAUACUUGGUAAAGGUGUUUAUUGGCACGGCAGCAUUUGGAUACCUUUUUACGUUUGGUUUCUAUGGACAUUUUCGGAAUUUACAUAGAAGAGAUUGA